CUUAUUAAAUGGGUUCAUCUGAGAAGAGAUCAAAGGAUGUCGUCAUGAGUGACAUACCAACCUUCAGUGCUGAGAAUCUUCAGAAAAAUCUCAAAGUCAUUCAGAACUGCCGGACCUUUCUGUCUAUUAUUGCUGGAGUCCUUGCUGGAAUUAUUGGAUUCACUGGCUUGACCGGCUUUGUGUUUUACUUUGUGGUGAUGUUGAUCACAUCAGUUGGGCUCAUGGCCAAGGCAGGCUUCUCAGCUGACGUGUACUUUGAUUCAUGGAACCGGGUCCUUUUUGAUGGCUUCCUUGGUGGCCUUAUGUCCUUUGUGCUCUUCUGGACGUAUCCUUUUAAUCUCAAUAUCUGGUGGUCAAACUAAGUUUUAUACUAAUGUGAAAAAAAUAAAGUAAAUCGCAGGUUUUGAUUAGCUGUACACGAAAGAACAUCUAGUGUCGGUGAAAUUGAUAACUUUGUUUAGACAUCAUCACUCAUCUCUGUUUCCUUGACGAUGGCUUAGAUUUGCUUACGACUUGGUGCAUAUUUUCUGAGAGAUAUUCAGCUGCAAACGAGGAUGGAUGGUGGAAACAAGAGAGAAGAAGAAGUUAGUUACGUAGUUUGUGAGUUUGGUUUUUGCCAGCCUCUCUUAAGUAACUUUAUAGAUUGGACAAUGUGUUUCUGUCCCCCUUUUGUUAACAACAGAUUAAGAAACUGUCUUGCUUUUAUUGUUUCCAACUCACUUGAGAUUACAUCAGCUAUGAAGCUUUUUGAUU